GGGAACGCUAAAUAAUCGUAAUCGUUUACUCUGCUCUCAUUCCUCGCUUCAUCUCCCACAGCACAUAUAUAUAGGGGAUCUCCUGUAGCUCAAAUACCACUUCCAUUGCCAAUUACAUCUCAUUUCAGCUCAUACGACUAAACUCCAUCCAAACCUAGCACGCACUUAAAACGAUAACACCCAUCAGCAAUGUCCCAUCCUGGUUACCUCUCCGCUGCUCGAUACGGUAAGGACCUUGUAAAGGUCGCACGAGUCGUCCGUGAUGGUGAGCAACACCAUAUCGUUGAGUACACCCUCCGAGUCCUCCUUGAAGGCGAGAUUGAGACCUCUUACACAGAGGCCGACAACUCCUGCGUCGUUGCUACCGACACUGUGAAGAACACUUGCAACAUCUUUGCCAAAACCUCCCCUUACGUCCUUGAUGCCCCUGUCUUUGCCCUCCAUCUUGGUUUGCACUUUGUCACCAAAUACAAGCACAUCCAUAAGUGUUUUGUGGACAUAAUUGGCCUUAAGUGGAGCCGCAUCUCUGUCGACGGCAAGCCUCACAAGUGGUCCUUCAUACGAGACGGUGACGAAAAGGCGAUUGUUGAAUGCGUUGUGGAUGGCACUGCCGGCCCCGACGCUGCCACCGCGAACGUGAAAAUUGGUAUCAAGGAUCUUCUUGUUUUAAAGACGAGCGGAUCAGCUUUCGAAAACUUCCACCGAGAUGAGAAUACCACUCUUGCUGAUGUUGCAGACCGUAUUUUCUCUACAUCCGUCUCUCUCCAAUGCUCUAUUUCCCUUCCUCCUAAUACCCCUCUCACCAUCGACAACCUUGGGUCUAUUGCCAAGGAACUCGAUUUCCCUAAGAUGAAGGAGCUUAUCCUCAAGGAUGUCCUCGACACUUUUGCUACCGACGAAAGCGCUAGUGUUCAAGCUACUCUUUACCUCACUCUCCAGAAGAUUUUGGCUUCAUGCCCUGCCGUCAAGGACGCUUCUAUGCAGUUACCCAACAAGCACUACAUACCUGUCAACCUUAGUGCUUUUGGCUUGGACAAUAAAUUGGGUUACGAAGGUGGUGCUGAGGUCUUCUACCCUGCUGCCGAUCCCAGCGGUUACAUCACGGCCACUGUCACCAGGAAAUAAGAAAUAAGGUCCUGUAUCGUAUAGAUGUGCAAAUGUAGAGUUGAACUGUUGUUUUUGGGAUUUGCUGGCAUAUAGCCGGGUUUAUGAGUCCAUAGCUGUGUUCGUAUUGUUUGAAAUAGACAAUUCCAAUGGGUAUAGAUAGAUUAUAUCAUCAAAAAUAUAUCUUUCCAGAAUGAUAAGACAGUCGAUCAACGUGCCAUGCCGAUGAGUAGCU